AUGGCACUCGAAUCAAUCUUCACCUCGUUUCCAACCUACGUGUGGCUUUCGCUCCUGCUCGCUGUCCCAGCUCUCACACUACUCCACGAUGUCUGGCUAUGGCUGAGAAUGCCUCCAGGGCCGACCCCGCUACCGUUCGUUGGGAACAACCUUCAGCUGCCAAAGUCACAACCAUGGAUACAGUUCCAGAAGUGGUCCAAGGUGUACGGGCCAAUAUUCACCGUGUGGAUCGGGAGGAAGCCGACCGUGGUGCUCUCAGAUCCUGUCAUUGCGGCAGAUCUGUUGGAGAAGAGGAGUAAUAAGUAUUCCUCAAGACCGCGGAUGGUGGCAAUGGGAGAGAUCCUGUGGGAUGGCGCCAGCGUGCUCGUCCAGCCAUACGGCAAGGAGUGGAGCAUUAGGAGGAGGCUUCUCCACCAAGCCCUGACUCCAAAGGCUCUGAGGCUCUACAAGCCAGUGCAAACGGCCGAGGCCUCCCGGUUAUGCUAUCAAUUGCUUCAAACACCCCUGAAUUGGGAGAAGCUGCUGGAGAGGUUCACGUCGAGCAUCGUUUUCUCCGUCGCAUACGGCCACCGCAUUGAUUCUCUCAACGCUCAAGUCAUCCGCCAAAGAUUCGACUUUAUGCACUACUCUGCAUCCCUCAAUGUACCUGGAAAAUAUGCCGUGGAAUCAUUCCCCUUUCUGAAGCAUAUCCCGGAUGUUCUCGCUCCUUGGAAAGCCGAAAUUAAAGCGCAUGGGAGAAGAGAGGCUGAAGCCAACAUGGCCCUGGUUAACGUCGUCCGAUCAGAUCUUGCUAGGGCUAAGAUUCAAGGCGUCGACAUCCCAGACUCUCUUUGCAAGCUCUUACUGGAAUUGAGGGAGAAAGAACACAUCCCAUUAUCCGAUCGCGACUUCUCCUUCAUCCCGGCCUCCCUUUUCGGCGCAGGAUCUGACACCACGGCAUCAACACUCUGCACCGCAUUUCUAGCUUUGGUCACCCAUCCUGUGACCCUACGCGCCGCACAUGAAGAAUUAGAUGCCGUCAUUGGACCAUCGCGAACGCCAACUUUCGACGAUGAAUCCCGCCUGCCGUACAUCCGGGCCCUAGUCAAAGAAGUCCUUCGCUGGCGCCCUGUAGCGGUCCUCGGCGGGACGCCGCAUGCCUCAACUGAAGAGGACUUCUACGAAGGCUACUACAUCCCCGCAGGCACUACCAUUCUUGGAAACUCUUGGGCUAUCAACCUAAACGAAGAAUACUACCCGAACCCGCACCAAUUUAACCCAACGCGCUUCCUUGACAUCCCUGCCGAGAAAGCCAGCCUUCCCAACCUGCACUCCGGAAAACCUCACCCAGCAAGAUCAGGUCAUUCAUCAUUUGGGUGGGGCCGGAGGAUUUGUCCUGGAGCUGAUCUAGCUGCCAAUACUUUAUUUGUUGCCGUCGCGAAGAUCCUUUGGGGUUUCGAUAUCCUGCCCAUCAAAGGUGUAAGAUAUGACACUUUUGCUUAUACAGAUGGCUUUAAUAUUCGACCGAGGAAGUUUGAAUGCGAGAUUAGAGCCCGGAGCGAGGCGCAUAGGGAAAUUUUGGAACGCGAGCAAAGAGAUGCGGAACACGUACUGGAGGUGUAUGGACCAUUUGUAGAGUAG